UAAAAAGCUGACUUUGGAUGACAGCCAGCAAUGCCAUAGGGACCUCAGACCCAUCCCCAGGAGGAAGGAAAUGGAUUCUGCUAACAGCCUUGGAAGGAGACUUUUUCCUCUGAGCCUCCUGAUAAGAGCCCAGCCCAGCUGACAACUAGACUCCAUUCUUCUGAGACCCUAGACAAAGAACACAGGAUGGACCUUGCUGCCCCUGCUGAUGCUCCUUCUGCUCCCCGUGACCUGGUUCUGGCUCAAGCUUCUAUUCUAGCACAAGUCCCUGGGCCACUCCCUGACCAUUUACACCCAUCGUCGUUCCUCUCUUCUGGACAAGAAGUACCGGGGAAUGAAAGAGGAGCUCAUCUUUGGAGGCCCUGGCUGUCCUCCACAAAUGACCAUUCAAGGCAGGUUGUUGGUGGAGCAACAUCUUCUGAGGUCACCAAGGCCAGCUCUGAGUUCCAUCACCCCGUCAGGCUCUUCUGGCCUAAAUCUCGCUCCUUCGACUACUUGUACAGUGCUGGGGAGAUUUUACUAAAAAAUUUCCCUGUCCAGGCCACCAUCAACUUGUAUGAGGACUCUGAUAGUGAAGAAGAUGAGGAUGACAAGGAGGAGGAUGAAGAGGAGGAAGCCAGUGCCAAAGCACCAGAAGGAUGUGUGAGGGGACCAGAGUUUACACCACACAAGGCCACAGCCCAUGCCCCUUCCCCACCCCGGAUCUGUCCAAACUAAAGCAACCCCAGCUAUAGCAGGCAAGUUUCCAAGGCAUCGAUUAGCCAAGUGUCUCCAGGCAUAGGCUUCUGGACUUGAAAACUGUGUCCUGAGGCUGCUCAGCUCAUCCCGGCUUUCCUAAUGGGCCUGUGAGCCCAGGCCUCUGGCAUGCCUUUGUCUAGGCUGCUCUUGUGUCAGCAGUGGGAGGGUCCUAAGAGCUCAAAGAGAAAGAAUAACUGAUUUCUAAAGCCCCCUACCCACCCCAAGAAGCAGAGAAGGACAUGACAUGCCCCAGUACAAGGCAGCAGUCACUCUCCAGGGCUCUUUGACCCUUCACCUUUCCCAGGUAACAAUAUAGUCCAGUCUUCCUUUCAGAAGCCUGACUUCUAGGCUGGGCCUUUAAUCCUAGCACUCAGGAGGCAGAGGUAGGAGGAUUGCAAUGAGUUCGAGGCCACCCUGAGACUACAUAGUGAAUUCCAGGUCAGCCUGAGCUAGAGUGAGACCCUACCUUGAAAAAACAAAAAAUAAAAAAGUAGCCUAAGUUCUGGCUUCACCUUCAGGGACACCAAAGGCCAGAAACAACAUUGGGGUGCCUUUCUGGAAAGGAAGGGAACAGUGCAUGUAGAGAAGCAGUUUAUUUGGGGACCCACACCUCAUUCUUCCUGCUUUUCAUUCAGUCUGUGUGUUGGCA